AUCAAGUUCAGCUCAAAAUAUAUCGUCUCAUAUAAAGUGUGACGAAAGUUUAAGAAAAUAAUUAGACUAUUACGUUCAGGAAAUUUUUUUUUUUAAAUUUAUAAAACUAUUUUUCUUUUAUCUUCAGACUAAUUUUUAAUUGUUGUCUAUGAAUGUAUUAGUGUCAAUAAACUUUUUUUCUCCUUUAAAAAUAAUUGCGAGCUGAAAAAAAUUUUAAAAAUGCACCGGUAGAUGAUUGUAUACAUCUGGAUUAAAACAUAGAAAACAAUCUUUAUUCACAAUUUAUUAUAACAAUGGCAUCAAUAAUGAAAGUUAUCGAAACAAAGUAUUAUUCAACAUUUAUCAAAUAUUCAAAAUACUUAUUUCGAUCGUAUACCAAGCCGGCAAAAGCUGUGGAUAAUCGAUAUACCAAAACAGUUUUGCUUCCACAAACAAAGUUUCCAUCACGAAUUUUAGAAUCCAGUCGAAUAGAAACAGAUAAUUAUCUUAUGGAGAAAUGUGGGUUUUAUGAUCUAUACAACUGGCAAAGAGAAAAUUUAAAAGGUCCAGAUUUUAUUUUACAUGAUGGACCACCUUAUGCUAACGGCAAACCACACAUGGGACAUGCACUUAAUAAAAUCAUCAAAGACAUCACAAUUAGAAGUCGAGUUAUUCAGGGUCAAAGGGUCCACUAUGUACCAGGAUGGGAUUGCCAUGGUCUACCAAUUGAGCUUAAAUGUUUUGAAGGUUCAAAACAAGCACAAAGUAACAUGACACCUAAAGAAAUUCGUCAUCAGGCACAAAAAUUUGCUGAAGCAGCAAUCAAAGAACAACGAGAGGAGUUUAUGUCAUGGGGAAUCAUGGCAGACUGGAAGGAAUCAGGAUGUUAUUUUACACAUAAAACAUCAUAUAUGAUAAAUCAAUUGAAACAAUUUUACAAAUUGUAUGAAAAGAAUCUUGUAUUUCGUGAUUUCAAACCCGUUUAUUGGUCUCCAUCAUCCAAAACAGCAUUAGCCGAGUCGGAGUUGGAAUAUAAUCCAAAUCAUAAAAGCCGAUGUGCAAUAAUCAGAUUUUUAAUUAGUGAAUUAUCCGAAAAAUUAAAAAUACUUGAAGAUAAUCCAGUUUAUGCUCUUAUUUGGACUACAACUCCUUGGACAUUAAUUGCUAAUCAAGCUGUGGUCUAUUCUGAUGAAAUUUCUUAUUGUGUAGCAGAAGAUCAACAGAAACAUUAUUAUAUUCUUGCUGAAGAUUUAUUGACUGACAUUAUUUGUAAAAUAGGUCCACUUAAUCCAGUUUUAACUAUUAAAGGUAGUGAUAUCAAAGAAUUGAAAUAUGCUCAUCCAAUAACAGGAAACAUGAUGCCUUUCCUUCCAGCAAAUUAUGUUAGUCAUAAAAUAGGAACUGGACUAGUUCAUACAGCACCUGCUCAUGGGCCUGAUGAUUUUCUUACAUGUUUAGCAAAUGAUAUUCCAGUUGUAUCAUUGGUUGACGAAAAUGGUUGUUAUACUACAGAAGCAGGAGCUCCUUUUACAGGAGUUGAUGUAUUAAAUGGAGGCAACGAGAUUGCUUUAAAAAGUCUUGGAGAUGACGUAUUGCAUACGGAAAAUAUGGUACAUAGUUAUCCAUACGAUUGGCGUACAAAAAAACCUGUGAUCACUCGUGCUAGUUUUCAAUGGUUCAUUAAUACGGAUUCUCUUAAAAAUAAAGCUCUAAAUGCAUUAGAAAAUACAAGUAUGUAUCCAGCUUUAAGACAAAAAGUAGUGUUCAACAGUUUAACGCAUCAAAUAAUUCAACGACCAUACUGGUGUAUAUCUCGACAACGUUCUUGGGGUACACCAAUACCUGUAUUUUUUUAUAAGGAUACUAAAAAAGUUGUGAUAAAUGAGGAAAUCAUUGAAAGACUGUGUAAAGUAUUCGAAAGAGAAGGAAGUGACUGUUGGUGGGUUUUACCAGUUGAAAAGUUAAUUGGAAAAAAAUUAAUAGAAAAAUUAAAUAUUGAUCCUAAUAAUUUAGAAAAAGGAAAUGAUAUUAUGGACGUUUGGUUUGAUAGUGGAAUUUCUUGGUCAGCGGUUUUACCAGAGGGACGAGCUGAUCUAUAUCUUGAAGGUAUGGAUCAGUUCAAUGGAUGGUUUCAAUCGUCACUAUUAACGUCAAUUGCUUUGCAAGGUGUUCCUCCUUUCAAAUCAAUUUUUGCUCAUGGAUUUACUGUUGAUAAACUGGGAAUGAAAAUGUCAAAGUCACUAGGAAAUAUUAUAAGCCCUAACGAUAUUGUUAAAGGCAAAAAAGAUCAAAAAUCGAAACCCGCUUAUGGUAUUGAUGUUCUGAGAUGGUGGGUAGCAAAUCAUGGUAUUCAGCAUGAUAAGAUUCCUGUAACAGACACAACUAUUCAAGAUAGUGUAGAUACUCUGCAAAAACUUCGACGGCUGUUACGGUUUUUACUGGGUGGUCUUUAUCCAUAUGAUACACCUCAAGAAAUUAAAGCUGAAUAUUUGAUUUUAGAUAAAUAUAUGUUACAUCGUUUAUAUAAAUAUCACAAUGUGAUCAAAGAUUAUUAUGAUAAUUAUGAAUUUCAUAACGUUUGCAAGACAAUUACCUACUUCACUGUUAAUGAUGUAUCUGCCAACUAUUGUCAUCUCGUUAAGGAUAGAUUGUAUUGUGAAGAGGCGAGCUCUCCCCUUAGAAUAGGAGCUGUAGACGUUAUCGGGGAAAUACUGAAAGUACUUACAAGAUCUAUCGCUCCGAUAACUCCACAUUUAGCUGAAGAAGUUUGGCUCUAUCAUCCUUAUAAUCUUACGUCUGUGCCACUUUUCCAUUCAACCCAUUCGAUUCCGGACGAGUGGAAUGCUCCAGAUAUAGAAAAAAUUAUGGAACCUGCAUUUAGGAUAAAGAGUAUAAUCAAUAAAUCAUACAGAACCGGUACUUUAGAACAAGAAAUCACAGUUAGAGCCAACCCAGAAUUUAUAUCCUUAAUAUCAGCUCUGCAAGCAGAAGAAGUUUCAUCAACAUCAGAAUUGUGUCAUGUUUUACAAGUUUCAAAAGUAACACUCAUACCCGACUCAAGCUGUGAUUCACCGACAGUUUCUUUCAAAAACAUUGAAAAGUCUUUGUGUAAACGAUGUCGAAAAUUUGUUGAAUCAUCUCCAAAUCAGCCAUGCAUUCGAUGUAUACAAAUUUUAAGCAGAUACUUCAAUAAAUAACAAACGUGAUAAAUUGAAUAUUUUUUAAGUCUAUAACUAUUUAUACUGCAUAAAAAUGUUUUUUUUUUCUUAUCAAAUAAAAAUUGCA